GACCCGAAAGCGGCCUUUAUGGACUAGUCUGCCUCCUUUUACCGGUUAUGUUGGCCCGGUUAUCCCCCAACUCCCUUGGCGUUUUGAUUUGACUACUUUUUGGUGUGACCAUUAAGGUAAGUCUGUUGAGUGGCAAGAUGUCCGAAAGAUCCCACAGCCCAAGCUCGGAGUACCAAACCCGCCCGUAUGACUUCAGCCGGCCUUGCACGCAGAUUUUGGGCCAAGAGGGCCUCGGGUGUUCGUCCUUCCACCAGCUCACCAUGCCAGAAGCGGGCGUGCUUUACAAGCAGCCCACCUAUGGUGGCCUGCCGUCGGCCGCCGCGCAGAGCUUCUUCCCCUUCCCGUCGAUGGGGGCUGGCGACUACCGCGCGUCUGAGCUCCAGGCCGGAGACUUCGGCCAGCCCAAGUCUUGGUAUCCCUUGGGUGCCCCGGAGUACACCGGGCAGGUACCCGGUGUAACUGCGGCCACGCAGCCCACCAGCCUGAGCCCCCCCAUAGCCGAGACCCGGGAGCAGAUCAAGCUCCCCGAGAUCAAGACGGAGAAAGACACCGGGGAGGACUACUCUGGUGAAAUGAAGGUCCAACAGUACCCACCGGCCCCCGCCGCCAUGCCGCACGGAGUCUUCUACUCGAGCCCCUGGAACCCGUCCUUCUGGCCGGGUAUCAGCCACCUCACGCCGCCCGGCAGCGGAGGAAGCAGCAACCAGAAUCCCUCAACGUCUUCCGCGUCGUCACCAUCCAUGUCCCCGUCACCGCCCAGCAACGGCAUGCCGGCGAACGCCUUCUUCGGCGUCAACCCCGGCCAGGGAGCCCCCGGGCCUCAGGGCCAGAACCCGGCCUCGUCAACACGAAGCAGCGGAUCGUCCAGCGGGGGUUGUAGUGACUCGGAAGAGGAAAACCUUUCCACUGAAGAAUUGGAACAGUUUGCCAAAGAACUGAAACACAAACGCAUCACUUUGGGUUUCACGCAGGCUGAUGUUGGCCUUGCAUUGGGCAAUCUUUAUGGUAAGAUGUUCAGCCAGACGACAAUUUGCCGCUUCGAGGCCCUCCAGUUGAGCUUCAAGAACAUGUGCAAGCUGAAGCCCCUCCUCCAGAGAUGGUUGAACGAGGCCGAAACGUCGGAAAAUCCCCAGGAUAUGUACAAGAUCGAGCGGGUGUUUGUGGACACCAGAAAGCGGAAGAGAAGGACAAGCCUGGAGGGAGCCGUCCGCUCAGCUCUGGAGUCUUAUUUUGUCAAGUGUCCCAAACCCAACACUCAAGAAAUCACGCACAUCUCUGACGAUUUGGGCCUGGAGAGAGAUGUGGUCCGCGUGUGGUUCUGCAACCGGAGACAGAAGGGCAAACGCCUGGCCCUACCCACGGACGAAGACUGCGACGGGCAGUACUACGAGCAGAGCCCUUCGCCCCUCAACAUGGCCGCCUCCCCCAUACCCGGCCAGGGCUACCCUCCGCCGUCCGGCUACCUCGGAGCCCCGCCGCCGACGCUUUACAUGCCGCUUCAUCGGCCCGACGUCCUGAAGCAAUCGCUGCACCCCGGACUGCUGGGUCAGCUGAGCGGGUAGAAGCGGCGGGCGGCGCCACGGAUCACCCGCUCUGUCCAAAGAUGACUGAUCACUCCGCGUCAACAACUUGAAGUGUUUUGCUAAUGCAUGUUAAGUUAUUCAGUAGGCCGGAUUACCAAAGUGCAUUUGACGCAAGGCAGCUUUUAGUUUUUUGUCGUGCAGAUGAUUAUUAUUUUUUUUGCUUUUACUCCCAGUUAAGUCAUUUAACAGUAUUUGAGCGGAGCUGUUGUUUGUCGUGUUCCACUUUUUUUGGUUUUAGAUGUUUUGAUGUCAAGAGAAUGGU